UCUCUGCCGCUAGAACAGUGUCACGUGUUCCAAGAAACAUUGAAAAUAUGGCACAUUUUAAUCCCCCUAAAAUACAAGAAAACCCUAAUGGAUGGGGUCCCUGUUCAAUUCCAGAGCAGUUCAAAGACAUGCCAUAUCAACCUUUUUCAAAAGAUGUCAGAUUAGGAAAGGUUUCCGAUUGGACCGGUGCAACGUAUCAGGAUAAAAGAUACCUAGGUAAAUAUUACUCGGCAUAUGGAGGCGGUCAGCAGUAUGCUUAUUAUCACGACGAAGACGAGAGCUCCUUCCAUUUAGUUGAUACUGCCAAAAUACCAAAACCUUUGUAUCAACGUGGUCGACGGAUGUUUCAACAGAGUAAGCAAAGGAAGGAAAGAGAACGUAAACAAGCAGCUACGCAAGCUCAGCUUCGAUCUAUGUCGAAGACAAUGAAGAACAGAGAGCGGGAUCGACAGCGUCUAUUGAAAAAGUGGCAGAAACAGUUUGGAAAGCAACAAAUGGAGAACCGACAUAAGGCUGCCCCUGCGAAAAGCCGUGAUUCAUCAGUUCAAGUAGAGAAGGAAUGGGAUGUUGUAGAAGAGAUGGAUUUUCCUCGUCUUACCAAACUUAGUCUACCUAAUAUCGACCCCCCUGUGGAUCUUGUUACUUGUGGGGCUAUGGAAUUCUAUGAGAAGAGUUAUGAUCGAGUAACAACAAAAAGCGAGAAGAGGUUAAAACGUGUGAAUCGUAUUUUUCAUAAAGUUACAACAACAGAUGAUCCCAUCAUUAGGCAGUUGGUUAAGGGGAAAGCAAAUGUUUUUGCCACAGAUGCUAUCCUUGCCACCUUGAUGUGCUGUACACGAUCUGUAUAUUCCUGGGAUAUCCUGGUGCAAAGGGUUGGCAAUAAACUCUUUUUCGAUAAACGCGACACAUCAGAAUUUAAUUUAUUAACCGUCAGUGAAACAGCUACAGAACCCCCACAAGAUGAAGCUGUUAGUUUUAACUCCCCGCACAACCUGGCUUUGGAAGCAACCUUUAUUAACCAUAAUUUCUCUCAGCAAGUCCUGAGGCAGGGUGAAGAAACAUAUGAUUUUGAAAAACCAAAUCCAUUUAUACAAAAUGAAGAAGCCUCAACUGUUGCUUCUGUAGGAUACAGGUACAGAAAAUGGAAAUUAGGAAAUGAUAUUGAACUGGUUGCAAGAUGUGAACACGAUGCUGUCAUGCAUGGGCCUAAUGGAGAAUUACAGUUUAUUAAUAUAAAAGCACUGAAUGAAUGGGAUAGUAGAUCUUCCGGUGGAGUGGAAUGGAGAUCCCGACUUGAUAAUCAGCGAGGUGCUGUAUUGGCAACAGAAUUAAAGAAUAAUAGCUGUAAGAUGGCCAAGUGGACAGUUGGUGCUUUGUUGGCAGGUUCUGACCAAAUCAAAUUAGGCUACGUCUCCAGAGUUCAUGUCAAAGAUUCUUCUAAACAUGUCAUACUGGGAACUCAACAGUUUAAACCCAUUGAGUUCGCUAGCCAGAUGAAUUUAAAUAUGGAAAAUGCUUGGGGAGUUCUUCGAUGCAUUAUUGAUACCUGUCUAAGAUUAAAAGAAGGAAAAUACCUCAUUAUGAAAGAUCCUAACCGACCCGUUAUACGAAUAUAUGACAUUCCUGAUAAUACAUUUGAAUCAGAUGAUGAAGAAUCAGGUAGUGAUGAGGAUAGUGAAUUUGAUGAGGAUGAUGAAAAUGCUGACAAUUAAACAUAUGAAAACUUUUAUCUUAUUAAUCUCUUUAAUGAAUCUGGUAACAAUGGUGUUACCGGUACUGAUAACUAUUUCAACUGUUGAGACUUUUAUCUGAAUAAUCCUUUGUUGGUAUAAAAUAUAAUCACUAUUUAAAUUGUAGAUUAAAUCAAAUAAAUCAUUGCUUGAUAACCAUAUUAAAUUUGUUAAAAGAUACCAAAAUAAGUUGUUGAAGAAGGUAAAAAUUGUUUGCACAUCAUUUUAGUGCAUGAUUAUAGAAAUACAAGUGCUGUAUAGUACCUGGAAAAUAAAAGUUAUUCAAAUUUAAAAUAUA